AAACAUCAGCAUUCUAUAGAUGGCAUGAUAAUCAAUAUGAAUCUGUAAAGUUAUUUUUAAGUGAGAAAAGUUAUAAAAUCAUACUUAAUUUGGAUAAGCUGAUGCGUGUAUUUAGUUUCUUAACAGGGUUUUUUAACAAAUUACCAAGGGAUGCAUUUAAUACA